UUUUUGAGCGCGCUUCUUCACUCAAAAAUUUGAUGUUUUCGGAAGUGACACGGCCCUGUUAACUAAAUAGUCGAGGCGGGAUGUUGUACCUCAUAGGCCUCGGCCUUGCCGAUGAGAAAGAUAUCACGGUGAAAGGCCUGGAAAUUGUCAAAAGAGCUGAGCGAGUCUACUUGGAGGCAUACACAGCCAUUCUCCUCAUUGAAAAAAAUCAAUUAGAAGCUUUCUAUGGCCGUCCAGUAAUCAUCGCGGACCGCGAGUUGGUCGAGACCGGCAGCGAUGACAUCCUCGCGGACGCUGACAAGGUCGAUGUCGCCUUCUUAGUAGUGGGAGAUCCUUUCAGCGCAACUACGCACGCUGACCUCGUCAUCCGGGCCCGGGAACUCUCCAUCCCAACCCAAUCCAUCCCGAAUGCCUCCAUCCUCACCUCCAUAGGAACCACGGGCCUUCAACUCUACAACUUCGGCCAAACAGUCUCCAUGGUGUUUUUCCUGCCCUCGUGGCGACCAGCAAGCUUCUACGACCGCAUCAAGGAGAAUGUGUCGAUCGGCUUGCAUACCUUGGUCCUUCUGGACAUCAAGGUCAAAGAGCAGUCGCUCGAGAACCUAGCGAGGGGAAGAAAGAUCUACGAGCCUCCGCGCUUCAUGACCGUGGCACAAUGCGCGGAUCAGAUGUUGGAAGUGGAAGAAGAGAAGGCUGAGGGUGUGUAUGGGAAGGAGUCAUUGGCCGUCGGUGUCGCCAGGGUUGGCUCGAGUGAUCAGAGCAUUGCGGUGGGUACUCUGGAGCAGUUGAAGAGCGCGGACCUGGGGAAGCCUCUGCAUAGUCUGAUCCUGCUAGGAAAACGGGUACAUGACUUGGAAAGAGAGUUCUUGAAACCAUUCGCAAUCGACGUGGCGUCAUUCGAGUCGAUCUGGAAGAGGGAUUAUAACCAUUAACGCAUCCGAUUAUUUAUCGAGCGUGUACCACCGAUGGUUAUCUAGCUAACAAGCUCGAUUCCGAUGGAACUAUACCGUCAUUUCAGGUUUGACUGGCCAUUGGGGACUGGGAGCUUUUGCCGACAAGAUAGUAACCGGUGCCCAGAUUGUCGUGGCUCAGAUCAGGUUUCGAAAGCACCAAGAGAGCAAUGGUGAAGUCAACUGGGCCAUUAUUGUACGUAAGCUACCAAAGUCUGCUUCCGCCUCGAUUGAAGCCGUCUACUUUACA